AUGUUCGGAAACAAAAAGUUCAAAUUAAAAAAGUAUGAAACUAAAUCUGAUGCUCUAACAAGAUUAAAAGAUAUAAAAGAAUUAAACAACAAAUUAAAUGAUUUGACAGAAGAAAUGAAAAAUAAAUCAAAAGAUGAGUUUUCUUUUGAUUAUUAUAGUACGUUAGAUAACAAAAAGAAAGUUAAAUACUCAGAAAAUGAACUAAAAUUGGUUUUAAAUUACAUCAAUCAUGAAAUAAGAAGAGUUGAAAAAGUUUUAAUUAAAAAUCCACCACUGAUAAAAAAUAAGAAAUUUUUUUUUACGGAAGAGGAAGUUUUUGUUAGUGAAAUAAAAAAAGAACUCAAUGAAGAUUUUAAAGAAUUUGAAAUUUACUUAGAAAAUUUAAUUAAAAAGAAAAGGGAAAUAAGCAAUAAACUCAACUUAAUUUAA